AUGGCAGCUUUAAAUGAAAAGAAGACCUGCAGCCAACGGAUGGAAAAUUUCAACCGUUUCGUCUGGAAUCCAGAUACAGGGCAGUUAAUGGGAAGAACCUUGAUUAAUUGGGUGUGGAUCAGUCUGUACUACGUUGCUUUCUACAUAGUGAUGACUGGGCUGUUUUCACUCGCCAUAUAUUCCUUAAUGAGGACAAUCAGUCCAUAUACACCGGACUAUCAAGAUCGAUUAAAAUCACCAGGGGUGACAUUACGUCCGGAUGUCUAUGGUGAAGGAGGAUUAGAAAUUUAUUACAAUGUCUCUGACAAAAACUCCUGGGAGAAAUAUGUAACAACUCUUCACAAAUUUCUUUCGGCAUAUAAUACAACUGCACAACAUGCCAACAUCAACUGCACAAGUGAGAAAUACUUCUUUCAAAAAUCAUUCCUUGGUCCAAACAAAACAAAACACUCCUGCAAGUUCACAUCAGAUAUGCUUGAAAACUGCUCUGGCCUGGCAAAUUCCACUUUUGGAUUUCCAGAAGGAAAACCAUGUUUAAUUAUAAAAAUGAACAGAAUUAUCAAUUUUCUCCCUGGCAAUGGCACUGCACCAAGGGUGAGCUGUACAGCUCAACAUGAGGACUUCAGCCCACUUGAACUACAAUAUUACCCAAUCAACGGCACCUUUAACCUUCACUACUUCCCUUACUAUGGAAAGAAAGCACAGCCCACCUACAGUAAUCCUUUGGUAGCAGUGAAAUUUCUCAACAUUACAAGGAAUACAGAAGUUACCGUUGUGUGCAGAGUCAUUGGAGCUGGAAUUACCGCAGAUAACCCUCAUGAUCCAUAUGAAGGAAAAGUGGAGUUCAAAAUGAGAAUACAAGAUUAG